AUGUCGACCGACAAAGCGCAACAUGCCCCACCAAUUCCAGAACCCAUCAGCCUUUCGACACUUCCCCUUCCACCAGUUGCACCCAGCAAUAAUAUCGGUGCUUGCACGCCAGAAGUGAAUCCAAACGGCACUGGAUGCAUGACUGCAGCGUCAAACCAGGACUUCCAAGCCGGUGGCUUUCUACCGGAUGGAAAGCAUGUUUUGGUCCACGUCACUUUUACAGGCGCUCCAUCAUCUCCAGACCCAUCCAGCGUUAACAAUGGUAGCCAGAUCAUUAUCGUCAAGACCAACGGCAAGGUAUUCCCUAGUGGAAGUCCAUGGAAGUGUCUCACUUGUGGAUUGGCGGAGCAAAACAUUAGAGGAUCAAGCCCAACAUACAGCUAUCCUCAGGCAUUUGGUGACGGAAAAAGAAUUCUCUUCGGUACGAACAUACUCGAUUGUGGAGAGCAUAACCUGGCUGAUGCGGCCUGUACACCGGAGCGCACCCGUGUUUAUCCCUUACGGUGGAAUACUAGCCCUGAUGGGACUGGGGAAGGAGGCGCGAUUAGGGAACUGCGUUUGCACCCCGACAACGUCCAUCUUGGGUUCAAUGCAUUCACAACUAACGGUCGAAAGAUCGGUCAGUACGCGUACCUCGGGAGAUUGAAACUCAACGCGAAGCCAAAAGUCGGCUUACCACUUGUUCCACGUUACGAUCUCGUCAAAGUCACCCGACUGUUCAACCCAGAAGCAGACCAACCUAUUGCAGCGCAUGGUAAACACAUCACCAUAAACCGAAACGCCAUAGCUGUAGGUGAGCUUCGUGGUUUCAGCGGUAGGGGAACUGAAGCUACGUACAUCGGCUAUCCGGCCGACUCCUCCAACAUUGAUGUCUUUGCUGUUCACUUGGAGACAGGCAAGGUGCGGCGACUUACAAGCCAUCCAGAAUACUGCGAUCCUAUUGCUAUCUCGCCUGAUGAUAAUUGGAUGGCAGUUUUAGAUACGCGGGGAACGGACCGUCAAAUGUGGCUCUCUGGCAUGAGACACAUUCCGCCCGUUACCGACCUGAUCAGUACGACAAUUACAUCCUCGACAAGAAACAACGGACAGAGACGAUUCUUCAGACCGUAUAUCUUGGAUCGUUAUGGUGAUCGUGGGGAAUACUUCGGCCAGAAGAUCAGUGGGGAAGGGGAAGGCGUUCCUGGUAGUGGCGAUUAUAAUGACCCCGAAUGGAAUGCAAUGGCUGACCCGAGAUGGUCUCCUGAUGGCACUCAGAUUGUUUACGCUGAAGCUCAAACGCUGCCUCCUGCGUGCGGAGGGAUCAACCCGCUUCCUUGCUAUGCGUCUAAGGAGCCGGGAGGCAGACGAGUACGUGUAGUCGUGGCAACUCUUGCAUCUCGGGAGCCCCUCGAUCUUCCUGCAGUGGAUGUCAUCUCGGAUGAGGUCCCCUGGGGGGUAAAGUACUCCCCAGGAGACAUUGAUCCACAACGUCCGGAGCCGACACCUGGAAACUACACACUGAUGGGGCUCAGUUGUGGAUAUGCCGAUGUCGAGAUCGUGGGGGGAGAUGAUGCGUGUAUCAGUGGGAUCAGUGUUGUCUAUCAUCACUUCUCAGAUGAUGGAACAACGUUCCUGUCAGGAUCAGAAACAGUUCGCACCACGUUUCCAUCCCUGACGCUCAGCCAUGUCGACUGGUAUUCUAACCUGACUCAAACUGGAAACUCGAAGAAUACAAAGAGGACAAGCCCAGAUGGCUUUCAUCUGACUAUUGACGUUUUGAGGAACAUAUUCCAGGCAAAUGGGACCAUGAACACCACGAUUGACGGCAAUCUCAAUACACAGCCUGCAAAUGGAACCUGA